AUGGCAAAUAGAAAAUAUGAUAGUUUCAGUAGUCUGAAUGCAUCCAAGUCCGAUUGGAUAGUUCCAACCAGAGUGCUCAACCUGUGGAGAGGUUAUCGUAAAACUGGAGAGCCUUUCAAAGGCUUUAACCUCUUGCUGCUUGAUCAUAAACGAUCUAGGGUCCAUGCAUUUGUCCCCUACAACUUGGUUGACGAGUUUGAGCCAAUGAUUCAAAUCGGGAAUCUUUAUGUUUUGGAAAAUUUCAGUGUGAAACCUUACACUGCUGAUGAUAAGUUCAGGUGUCUUAGAAAGAAGUACCAAAUUGUCUUCAACGAGGAAACUGAACUGACCCAUAUGGAAGAAAAUGUCGUUAAUGUGGAGAAUUGUUGCUUUGAUUUCUUUGACAUAGCGGACCUGCCAACUCUCUCACAGCAGAACACUUACUUAACUGAUGUUGUUGGAAUCAUGGAGGAGCAUGAACCUAUUCGCAAAAUACAAAAUCGUAAUGGCGUCAUACAGUCACAGAUAAUAUUUGAACUAACUGAUGGAAGAUCAAGUGUGAAAGUCACAUUUUGGGAUGAGUUUGCUAAACACUUCUCUGAUUGUCUGAAACAAGCUCAAGAAUAUCCUAUUAUUCUUAUCAUUGGUUGUGGGAGAGUCACCACAUGGUCAGAGCAAGUAAUAGUGACAAACGUUGGUGCUACAAAUUUCUACAUUAAUUGUAAUCACCGCAGUGUGAAUGAACUGAGGAAACUUUUAGCCCAGAAAAAGAUAUCAACGAAGACUGUUCCAACAGAAAACAGAGGAAUGAUGAAGUUUUAUAAAUGCGGAGACAUAUCCAAAUUGGGUGUUGAUCAUGCUGAGAGGCAAAUCUUUUGUCAAGUGCAACUCACUAAUUUCCAGCAAGUGAAAACAUGGUUUCAACCAAUUUGCACAUCAUGUUAUGCAAAAACCAUAAGAAUAGAGAACCAGGACACGUGCAGAGGUUGUCAACGGAUUGUUCCGUAUCCAGACAACAUGUUUGAGUUAUACGCAAUUGCUUCUGAUGAGACUGGAUCCAUCCUAAUUAUUCUGGAAGAGCGAGAAGUCAAGAAAUUGAUCGGUAAAACAGUCUAUGAGAUUAAUGCAGAGGGAAGCAAGGAGGAAAUUUUUCCAACUAUCCUAAACAGUAUCACAGCAAAGGACUACACACUGAAGAUUAGAGUCCAGAUGGAUAACAUUCUUAAGAAAUCAGAAUUCUACAUGGUUACUGAUAUUAUGCAAGGGUUUUAUAAUGGAACAUAUCAGCAACAACAGACUACCAUACCCCAUCCCAUUGAAAGCCUCGAAGCACAGCCAUCAUCAUCAAACUGUACCAAUGGUACUGUUUCAACUAUUAGGCUGACUUGA